AGUAAAUGUCCGAAGAAUUAAAUUCAAGUCUUGACUCUCUUGAAUUAGAUUUGUACCAUAAACCUAAUCCUCGUAUAAGAACUAUAAUUAAGUAUCUCAGAGCCUAAAAUAUUAAAUUUUGCACCGACCCAAAAAAAAAAGAAGAAGACUACUAUUCUAAACAGUCAUCACUAGAGUUCAAUAAUGAUGUUGACUUUGGAAUAAGAAGAAAUAGAUUUGCAAAAAGAGGUCCCCAAAGAAAUGGAAUCACUUUCGUUUCAAAUACCUCCUGAUUUACUAUUAUUUGUUUUUUUAAUAUUUGAUUCAGUAAGC